AUGGUGAUGACCAUUACGGUCGGCCAAAAGAGGCUCGAUUACAUCCCCAAGAUGAUCAAUAUGAGGCUCUGCCUGUGGAGGAAGAAUUUGAUGACGAAGACUGGAUUCGCCUCGCCGCCCUUUACCUGGGAACCCCUUACCCAGGAAGAUCUUGACCUUCUUGGCCGCCGUGAUAUCGACGUCAAUUACGACUGGACACGGCAUGUGGGUACAUAUCCGGAACUUCGAGACGGCUACUGGAAAGACCUUAUCGCUAGCCACCCCAUGGCCAACGAUGUGGAGGUCCUUGGCCCUCACUGGCGUAAUACGCUGAAUCCGCAACAACGGCUCGUGUACGACACAUUCAUGGGUCACUUCCAGGCGAAAAAUCCUACUCAAAUCCUUCUCCACGUUGAUGGUGGUGGUGGCACCGGCAAGUCGUUCCUUAUCAAGGUGCUUUCCUCCCAUCUUCAGGCGGCCGCUCUACCGAAUCCUAGCCCUAUUUGCCGCGUAGCGCCAACAGGCGUUGCGAGUAACCAGAUACAGGGCAGCACCAUUCAUUCAUUGCUACGCCUCCCAGUAGGCGGUACUUUACCGACCUUCCCAGCCGACGCAGCCGCCCUUCAGUCCCGCCUACGGCACGUCAAAUACCUCGUUAUCGAUGAAAAGAGCAUGCUGGGGAUUGAGCAGCUCGCGCGGAUCGAUUCCCGUCUGCGACAGGCCUUUCCACAGCGUAGCCUCGAGUUCUUCGGUGGUGUGAGCGUCUUGCUUGUGGGCGAUUUCUUCCAGUUACCACCAGUCCGGCAAAAGCCCCUGUAUUCGACUAGCACCAGCCUGUCUUCGUUGGAAAGGAGAGGGCAUGUGGCCUACCGGUUAUUUGACCGCACCGUCUUCCUGACCACGGUACAGCGCCAGGCUGGUGAUGAUCAGGCUCAGUUCCGUCAGGCGUUGCAGGAACUGCGUGAAGUCAAGUUAUCCAUACCGUCCUGGAACCUCCUUAGCAGUCGGGUACAGGCCAGGCUAACGCAGAGCGAGGUUGAUAGCUUCAGGGCCGCUUUGCGGGUGUAUUCUACAAGGGCCCGGGUCAACGAAUACAACUACGAGCAUAUGGUGCAUCUCAACGCCCCGGCAGUACAGGUGGAGGCAAAGAAUCAGGGCAAGGGCGCGGGGCAGGCACCAAGCGACAAUGCUGGCAAUCUAUCUAACAAGUUCCCUGUUGCUAAGGGCACCAGGGUGAUGCUCACUACUAACCUAUGGCAGCCAGCUGGCUAG